AUGUUCAACCCGUUCAAGCGAACCAAUCUGGGCCCGCCCAUGGACCUCAGGAGCAUCCGUACGGGCCGCGAGCUGCUGGCACAGGUCGAGAUGCACUCGAUCGGCAUCAUCCCGCACGCCUACUGGGUCAUGACGCUCGUCUUUGUCGCCUUCGAUCUGGUCACGCUCGGCGUCUGCGCCUACUUCCUCGUCUACGUCCGCCCGGGCAAGUAUUGGCUGUUUAGGCUGGUCGAGUGCCGCCAACACUACGGCGAGGACCGCCGCGACGACGACGACGAAGGCGAUGGCGGCCACGAGGACAGGGAGGGGGAGCAACAGCAAAGGUGGGGACGAGGCGAUCAAGUCGAGGUCGCUCCCGCCGAUCAUCAUGUCCUUGUCCGGAAGGACGCCGAGCAUGCGGGGACGGCGAUGCGGGUCCAGGAGCCACGGCACCUUCAAGAGCGACGACGCGGUCGACGGGGGCCAAAGAGGGGCCGGCACCUGGUCGCUUCGGCCCUCUCUGCGCAGCUGACCUUUUUCUCGCUCUGGCUCCUCAUCGACAUGGUCCGGCGCAUCCUCCUCUUUCUCGAGCGCUGCCUCCUCAUCCGCACGCCUCUCGUCACCGUCACCUUUGAGCACCUCGCAAACACCGUCGGACUCAACAUCUUCUACUGGGACCUCGUCGCGUUCGCCCACCUCUUUCUCCACCACGUCCGCCCGCUCUACUGGAACGUCGGGGUGCUUAUCUUCCCCGUCAUCUCCUUCAGCUUUCCCUUCUACUACGCUGUGCUGGGAGGCGUCUACGAGUACCGGGCGCAGGCGUACAAACGCAAAGUGUACGACGCCGUCGUGGCGGCUGGGCUCGACUCUCCAUGGCCGCUAAGCAUUAUCCCGGACCUGACCAACGCCGGCUUCGCCCUGGCCAGCGCCUACUACGUCACGGGCAUCCUGGCCUUCAUCAUCGUGCUCUUCGUCCUGCUCCUCGUCGUCGGCUUCGUCGUCGUCGCCUACUUUGUCGUCACGCGCGUCUUGCGCGACCUCGAGGGCCAAAAGACCCUGCGCGGCGCCGCCGACAGCCGGAGCGGAGGAGGCGGCGCUGUCGGGGCCGCUCCGACUUUUGGAUCCGACUCGGCUUGGUCUUCGGCUGCUGUUGCCGAUGCGACUCCCCAAGGUGCAAGCUCAUCGUUCCACCUUCAGCCGCUAUGCCAUUCGAACGACCAACGCAUGCAACAGCAGCGGUGGCAGCGGCAGCAGCAGCCAUGCAAGAUGCCGCAGGGUGCAGGCGAACACGAUGCGGUCAAGUCGAUGGAUGCUUCGUCGAAGGUCAUGACGACGACGACUUCGGUCUCACUCGACGGCGAGGUCGCGCCCAGGGCAAAGAGCGGAUACGGGAUUGGCAGAUUGAGCCUGCCGCAGUCGGAACUGAAACGCUUCAUGGUGCACUGCUUCAUCUCGACGUGCCUCGGCGUCAGCCUGCCGCUGAGCCUCGGCAUCAACCUCGUCCCCGUCGUGCUCCACGCCUACCACGACGUGCUCUACGAUCCGCAGCACCUGAGCCGGCUGCACAUGCUCUACACGAUCUCGUACAGCGUGGCCGUCCUCAUCAUUUCGACGUUUGGCAUGGCCAACCUCUACUUUGCCUACCGACGAAAGGACCCUCGACUGUCCCAGACCAUCGAGGUGGGCGACCGCGGCAGCGGCAAGGUUGACGGCGUCGACGAGCAGGGAAAGGAGCGGUUGAGCCGGAUCGUCACUCGUUCUUCGACGCAGCCGCCCUCGCCUUCGUCCUGGCCCUGUGAAUCCUGUGCAGGGCGGUGGGAUCGGUGUCGGGGAUGCACCGAUGCGGCCGACGCCAAGGAGAGGGGCGAGCAGAGGAAAACGUCGGGGUACCCACCCAGCUCUUCGCUCCGACACGCCCCCUCGGUAUCGACGGUGGGCACCAUUACUUACGACGACUGCCGAAAGGCGGACCGGACCACGCUCGUCUAUUCGCCCAGGCCCACAUCGAUAUCGACGACGAAGACGACGACAAGGAGGUUCCCGGACGCAUCGACGCUGCAUCGCCUCAACUCGCUCUCUUCUGCCCACGCCGCCGCCGCCGCCGCCACUGCUGGUGCCGCCCCUACCCACGCACCUUCGUCCACCACGGCGACCUGCCCAUCACCAGCACCAGCACCCACCAAGACGACGCGACCGUCGGCAUCGCAGCAGCUCAUCCUCGACAGCCUCGUUUCGUCGCGCUCGCUGCCCAUCCGCGACUUUGUAUCCCACUACGGCGCAGCCCACCCGCCGCCCGCGCCCAACUUUGCUUUUACCCCCUCGUCGUCGUCGUCGUCGUCGUCGUCGUCGCCGCCGUCGUCGCACUCGGCGCACCACGCACCGCCGCAGCCGCGACACGUCGGUAGGCCCGACGGUGGAUGUGCGGUACAUGCCCAUAGGGCCGAGACAAACGUCGGUGACGAGGCGACACAGGGACGGAGGCGCUGGAAACCUCGUCGGGGUGCUGCGGGGGCUGCACCGUCCAGGCCGAGAGAGAGGGACGACGCGUCGCCUGCGCCCCCCGUCAUCAUCCACCUGUACUAG